UUCCGUUUCUCAACUCGAAAGAACGACGUCUCUACAUUCUCAACCCCCGGCAGUCAACGCCCACUUCGCCUUCGACUUCUUCGGCACGCAUUAUUCGCUAGCCCGACGAGUCUUGUAGUCGUCUGCUACAAUCGUCCGGGUUUAUCGACGCAACCGCGAUGGCGAGAUCCAAGCGACGGCCGCUUUUGAUGGCAGUGAUGCUAGCGGCUCUUAUGGCGUUGAGGGUCUCAGCAACUCCCGAUGCACGCCAUUUAUUCGCAAGGGACGAUGUCUGUGGUGGCAUCGAAAGUUUAGCACAAUGUACACAGAGUGGCCUGCCCGAUAACUUCUGCUGUGGCAAGACAGACACAUGUCUGGUCCUUGCCGGCAAGACGACCGUCCUUUGCUGCCCGGCAGGGAGCACAUGCGCUACUAUCAACCCAAUCGUCUGCGACCUGCAGCUACAGGACGCAAGCCAAAAUCCUGGCGCGGCAGUCAAAACUACAGUAUUGGAUGGAAAAUUAGCGACCUGUGGUGGAGGAUGUUGUCCCUUCGGCUACAGCUGCGACAACGGGGCGUGUAAGCGAGAUGCGGACCAGAGCCAACCGCCAGUUGGAUCGACCCCAGUAUCGAGCAGUACCAAGACAGGCGGUUCGACAGCGACUGCCACGACAAAACCGGCUGCGCCCUCAAACACAUUGCAGUCGUCUGGAGGCCCUGUGACGAGCCCGACGGGGUCAUCCACUGCCACGCCAGAACCAUCCACAAGCGAUGCUGAUCAAACAGAGCAAGGCAGCACUCCGGUCGGCGCCAUCAUUGGCAGCGUGAUCGCUGCGAUUCUGGUGUUGGCCGCCCUGAUCUGGCUCUUUGUCUUCCUGCGACGGCGCAAGAACAAGAAGGAUGAGCUCACACAUCAUGACACGUCCUCCUCAUUCGGAAAUAUCGUUGUCAGUGCGCCACAACCCAUCGACGGAUAUCCGACCAUGAGGCAAGACUUUCUGGCCAAGACGAGCGCGAAGAACAGCAUGGCGUCUUCGACACUCGGAUCGCCUUUCGUUGGGUUCACAGACUCCGGUGGUCCAAGCCCCAAGUUCUCGCAGCCAUACUCAAGACGAGCAAGUGAUGAGCUGUCCCAAAGCGAUGCUCGCUCUUACCAUCAUUCGGCCGAGAUCAGAGCAUUGCGUAAUCUAACACGCAAUCCUUUCGAAACUCCACCACGAACGCCCGAGAACAAAGACCGUAAAGCUAGUGGUGGCAGCGCCAACAUCGACAUAUAUGUAGAGGGGCCGUCACCUCCGGGGAGCAGCCGCUCCAAGACAACGACGUCGACCAAAGUAGCAAGCGACACUGCCAGGACCACUGCACCUGGGGCUGGAUUCCUUGGGGCUGGCCUGGGAGUUCCGCGACAACGGGAUACGACAUGGAGUAAUAUUCUGCAUGGUGCGACUGGGCUCUCAGAAACUCCCACGAAGAAGAAAGGCUGAGCUCGCACCAGCAAUGCAAAUUUGGGAUCCUCUUUGCUGCCUUGUGUUCCUUCAUCUUCACGGCAGCCGACGCUCUUCUGCCACUAAUUGAUUUGCCCAAGACCAACAGCCAUGUCUAUGGCGCAUACAUCAUUAAAAUUGUCUGUUUACUUGGCCAUUUUGUUGUCCAUUUUAGCUUUGCUCGUUUUGUUUCAAGCCGGCGCAUUUUUGAUACCCUUUACACUUAACAGAAGCAUAAUUAUCGAUAGCUACAAGAUUACUCCAAUCGAUCUACUGAAG